UCCCCUUCAUACUUGAGAGACGGACCAUCAAUGAAACUCUUCAUGGAGGACAAGAAAGCAAAAGCCAUCGCCGCUUCCCUGAUCAUCGCCUUCACCACCGUCAUAAUCGUCGCCCGAGUCUCCCUCGGUCCCUCCAACACUUUCUACUUCAUCACCGGAGCUUUUGCGGCCGCAAUCAUCGCCGUAAUCGUAUUCUUCCUGCUCCAGGACCGGCUCAACAGCCGGAGAAGACUCCUCGAAACCCAAAUGGUUUCCGAGUCGCUCGAGCUCCGGAUCGAGUACAGCUUCAUGCGAAAGGUCGCCGGGGUUCCGACGAAAUUCCAGCACAGGGAAAUCGAGGUGGCGACGGACGGGUUCCAGACUUUGGUGGGGAAAGGAGCGUCCGGUUCGGUAUUCAAGGGAAUCCUAAACGACGGGACUCCAGUCGCCGUGAAACGAAUCACGAGCGAACAGAGAGGCGAAAAGGAGUUUAGGUCCGAGGUGGCGGCCAUAGCUGGUGUCCAUCACGUGAACCUGGUCCGCCUCCUCGGAUAUUGUUGUGUCCCCAUGGGCCCACGGUUCUUGGUUUACAAUUUCAUACCCAAUGGAUCGUUAAAUAACUGGAUUUUCCCUCCUAAGGAAGAAAAGAAAAUUCCCUCGGAAGGGAAAAUCCAGCAUGCUGGUGGGUGUUUGGAAUGGAGUUCAAGGGUUCGAGUCGCGGUUGACGUGGCGAAGGCUCUUUCUUACCUGCACCACGAUUGUCGAUCGACGAUCUUACACCUUGAUGUCAAGCCUGAAAACAUUCUACUCGAUGAGAAUCACCGCGGUUUUCUCUCGGAUUUCGGAGUGUCCAAGCUCAUGGGAAAAGAUGUGAGCAGAGUUGUGACGAUGACUCGCGGGACUAAAGGGUACUUAGCCCCAGAAUGGAUAUUACAACAAGGCAUUUCGGAAAAAUGCGAUGUGUUUAGCUACGGAAUCGUGCUUCUGGAGAUGGUUGGCGGCAAGAGAAGUUGUAGAAUCAGCAAGGAGAACGGUACCGACAAGUCGAGGGGAAAGUUUCGGUACUUUCCGAAGAUCGUAAGUGAGCGAUUGAGGGAAGGGAGGGUGAUGGAAAUUGUGGACAAGAGGGUAUUAGAAAGACGAGGCAUCGACGAGAGAGAGGUGAAGAGGUUGGUUUGUGUUGGGUUGUGGUGUAUACAUGAGAAGCCUAGGAUGAGGCCAAGUAUGGCCCAGGUGGUGGAGAUGCUGGAGGGGCGGGCGGAGGUGGCGGAGCCGUCGGAGACCAGAAUGAUGAUGGUUAAUCUAUUGUCGUACGACGAGGAGAUAAGUUCAGGUCAGGAUAGCAACGGGAACGUUGCGUCGCCGGUAAUUGAUCAAGGGGAUGAUAAUAAUAAUGUUCAUUCUUCUGCGUCUCACUCUAUUUACUUGUCAGGUUUGUCGGGAAGAUAAAUUGUGGCCCGAUAGA